AUGGAACGAUUUUGCUCUUCAGUAUUACGUUUAGCAGCACUUCAACUUAUCCAACAGGCAGGUUUUGAUAAAACUUCUAGUAUGAGUGCCGACGUCUUAACAGACGUUUUUGGAAACUACCUGGAACUGCUGGGAAAGACUGCCAAAAACCACGGAAUGCAUGCGGGCAGGACCAAAAUGAAUGCGUUUGAUGUAAAGGCUACCUUUGAAACACUAGGGAUAAAAGUUGAAGAUUUGGAAGACUGGUUGGAAACGGAGCGUGAAACCAAAAAUUAUAAUAAGUGGGGUGGACCUGAUCCAACGCCUGUUAUAAAAGAUUUGCUUGCAACUGGUGCAUCAAAGGAUCCUGCGGACGAACUACUGUUAGUAUUUAAAGAAAGAUUUUCUAUUAUUGACACAAACAAAGAAGAGCUCGGUAUUAUAAGUAAAAGUACCCAAGAGAAAAUAUUUAGCCAGGAUAAACUCAGUUUGAACAGGUUUAAUAAAAAUUUUCUUGAUGAAUCGAUGAAAGGUGGUAAAGACCAAGAAAAGGAAGACGACGAUGAUUCUAUUGAAAAUUUCGAUGAUUUAUUCGGAGAAGCACCUACUACACCACCAAAUGGGGUAAUACCAGGAAAUAACGUCGAUAAUACAAAUAACGAGGGUUCAAAACUACCCUCUAAUAUUUCAGAGGAGUUAAUGUCAAAAGAAGUUUAUGACAAAGUGGAAGAUAUGAAUAUAGAUAGUGGCGUUAAUGAUAAAUCGGAAAAUGAAAAACCGGAUCUAAGAAAAGAAGAUAAAAUAAAAAGGCAAUUAGAAGUCAGAUCUGGACCUUCUUAUAUACCAAACUAUUUACCACCUUUUCCAGAAGGUUACCCAAUAUCGCACAUCUCUGAAGAAAAAGAGGGCAAUACUAAAACGGAGGAAACAGAGACAUUAUCUGACGAGAACCAUAAAAAUGAUGAUGACAUUGAUGAAAAACAAUUCUCCAAGAAAAUGGAAAAUGUUGACGUUGAUGAAAAUAUGCAGCCAAUUAUAUCCAAAAACAUUAAUGAAGAUAAUUUAACAAUAGCAAAUCGGAAAAGCAACGGAUCACAAGCCCGAUUUACUUCUGAUCCGUUAAAACUGCUCGCACCAGAAAAUAUCGAAAAUGCAUUUAAAUCUUUUACAUUGCAUGAAUCUCUUCCUUCAGUGUCAACAGGCGCAGUAAUUGAAUCAGAUUUACAAAAGAAAAAGCGAAAAUUUGAGGAGUCUUUUUCGUCCGUUCCUCCAGGAGAAACAAUAUUUUCCUCGUCACAAAAUGGAUUUUUCGAAGAUCUAGAAGAAAUGAGGGCGCCGCCGGAAUUAAUACCUCAAGAACUUCAACUUCCCAUGAUAAAAAUCACUAGACCUCCAACAGCAACAAGCGGGGCAUCUCGUCCUGAAAUUGCUACCGAAGAAAUGAUGAUCGAUAUUGUUGGAGACGGUAAUGAAGGCGAGUCAUUUUCAAGUGAAGAUGCUUCAUCGAAGCCUCUUACAAUAUCUCUUAAGAAUACAAUUGAUACUACAAAUCUAACUAACCUACAUUUAGCUUCGACAUCGGUAUCAUCUCAAUCAACUUCGUAUAUAGCAUCAACCUCACGUUCAAAAUCAAGACAAGCAGCAAAUUUACUUCCCUCAACAAAUAAACAAUCAAAAAGAUUCAAACCUACCGACUUUUCCAAUUCACCAUCAAUUUUUCCUCCUCAAACAUUGCCAACACCUCAACAAUCACAAAUUCACUCGCCACCUCAAUUACCAUCACGAAAAAAAUCAACUAAACCUAAAAAGGAAAAAACAUCCAAAACUAAACAUGAAAAACCAUCUGCCCCGUUGAUAAACUCAGAAACUACACCGCUUGCAAGCACCGGCAAGAUAAAAAUCCGUCUACCUAUGAAGAAAUCUGCCUCCACUAUACCUGUCACAUCCACAUCAACUUUGCCGCCCGUACAAUUCCAAUUGCCUCCGCCUCCUCUAGUUACUACUGCCACAACACAGGAAGAAGUAAUCAAUUGUAUAUGUGAAUAUCCAAACAUCGAUAAUAAUAAAUUCAUGAUUGCAUGUGAUACUUGCUCAACGUGGUUUCAUGGAGGGUGCGUGGGAUUCGGUGACGAAAUGCAAGUUGUGGUGGAUGCUUGGCAUUUUCAUCGAUUAGUUAUGGCAAAUCGCACAGUUUCUGAUGCAAUUGCAGUUCAUGGAACAAACCCACAAUACCUUAUUGAAAAGAUAAUUAGGUCCAGGAUAUACGACUCUUUAUACUGGAAAGAAUCUUGUUUCGGUUUAACAGCUGAGACUCUUAUUGACAGAGCAAUCGAAUUGACAAGUUAUGGCGGACAAUAUGGUAAUCAGAAGCCAACAGAGUUCCUCUGUCUCACGCUAAAGUUGCUACAAUUACAGCCCAGCAAAGACAUUAUAAUAGAGUUCAUUCGGACCGAAGAAUACAAAUAUUUAAGAGCUUUAGGAGCAUUCUAUUUGCGUCUUGUCGGAACCUCGCUUGAAAUUUACCAAUAUCUGGAACCACUUUUGAAUGACUAUCGUAAACUACGUAGAAGAAAUCCAGGUGGCGAUUUCGAAAUAGUAUGUAUGGAUGAAUUUAUUGAUGAAUUGUUGCGUGAAGAGCGUGUCUGUGAUACUAUACUUCCACGCAUUUCCAAGCGAUAUGUAUUAGAGGAAAAUGACGAACUUCCGCGUCGGAUAAAGACAGGAUGCUGA